AUGCUAUCGUUCGCCUUAGAGAAACCUUGCAAAUGCUGGAAAAGCGAGAAAAUCAUUUACAAAAUAAGAUCGAUAGUGAACUCAAACUUGCAAAGUCCAAUGCAACCACUAACAAAAGAGCUGCUUUGAUGGCACUUAAGCGAAAAAAACAAUAUGAAAGUCAGAUUGAAAAGAUAGGUGGUUCGCGUAUCACAAUUGAGGCCCAAGUCAUGGCAAUUGAAAGUGCAAACGUCAAUCUUGAAACUAUCAAGGCCAUGGAAAGUGGUGCUGAGGCAAUGAAAGCAAUACAUGGAUCUAUGGAUAUAAAUAAAGUAGACGACAUAAUGGACUCUGUCCGGGAGAAUAUGGAUUUGGCCGAUGAAAUUUCAAAUGCGAUUUCUGCACCCAUGAUCGGAGUCGAUUUAGAUGAUGAUGAACUAACUGCCGAAUUAGAAGAACUAGAACAGGAAGUUCUUGAUAGUCAAUUGCUUGAAGUUGAACCUCCUCCCGUUAUUGCACCCAACGUACCUACAACCGAACCUG